AAAUUUUUUUUUCAGUUCACGCUUCGCGAGACGGGCUGUGUCCACGUAGUUUUUGUUUUUAUCCUUUUACUCGGGCAUUGCUUUCCGAUGCACUGAGUGCAGCGUACUCAUGUUUCCAGUAGGAUAACGAGUCUGCAUCUUCAUCGGGGAUGCCUAGAUCCGAUACGAAAAAGUCUGGAUUUUUCAAGGGUGUUCUCGAUGGGCUACGGUCCUCGGUAACCCAACCAGUGAAACCAGAAGCCGACGUCGAAGAGACGCUCCGACCGGAACAUUUUAAGGUUUCCAGAACUGUACGCCAUGGAUUUCCUUUCCAACCAACAGCAUUGGCAUUUGAUCCUGUGCAACGGAUACUUGCCAUUGGAACAAAAAACGGCUCUUUGAGGUUGUUUGGCAGACCUGGUGUGGAUUGUACCAUUCAACAUGUGUUGGAGUAUGCUGUGAUACAGAUUUUAUUUUUGGUGAAUGAGGGUGCUCUGAUUAGCGUGUGUGCAGAUGAUACUCUCCACCUCUGGAAUCUACGCCAGAAGAAGCCUGAGGUGGUGCACACGCUCAAGUUUCAAAAAGAACGGAUCACCCAUUGUCACCUGCCGUUCAGGAGCAAAUGGCUGUACAUUGGGACCGAGCGUGGGAAUUUGCACGUAGUAAACAUAGAAUCGUUUACCCUUUCUGGCUAUGUCAUCAACUGGAACAAGGCUAUAGAACUAUCUCGUAAGACACAUCCUGGCGCAGUUGUUCACGUCAGCGACAACCCUGUGGACUCUAAUAAGUUGCUGAUUGGCUUUGAGACGGGAGCACUCGUUCUCUGGGACUUGCGCAACCGUUCUGCCGAUGCAAGGUUUCAGCACUCUGAGCAGGCUCUCCAUUCUGUGGCAUGGCAUCACGAAGGCAAGCAGUUUAUGUGCAGCCACUCCGAUGGCAGCCUCACAACGUGGAACAUACGAGUCCCUGCCAAACCAAUGAACAUCAUCUUCCCGCAUGUGCGGAAUUCAAAAGAAGGCAAGCCUGAUCCAUGCAAGCCCAUUUACAAGGUGGAAUGGAAAACAAUGAGGGGGGCGGACUCUUUUGUUAUCUUUUCGGGAGGCCUUCCCUUCGACAAGAGUGGCCAGACACCAGCCUUGACCGUUAUUCAUGGAAAAACCACAACAGUUUUGGAAAUGGAGCACAACAUAGUUGAUUUUGUUACCCUCUGUGAAACCCCAUUCCAAAGUGAUUUCCAUGAACCCUACGCUGUUGUUGUUCUUCUACAGAAUGAUCUAGUGGUGGUUGAUCUCACAAGCCAAGGCUACCCGUGUUUCCAGAACCCUUACUCAAUGGACCUGCAUGAAUCUCCUGUCACCUUUUGUACCUACUUGGCUGACUGUCCGACAGACCUCAUCCCUGCUUUUUACUCAGUGGGCAGCAAGGCCAACAAGAGGGGAGGGUUCUCGGAAAAGGAGUGGCCAAUCAGCGGGGGUGAGUGGGGCACAUCAACAGUCAGCUAUCCUGAAGUAAUCAUCACUGGGCAUGCUGAUGGCUCCCUAAAGGUGUGGGAUGCAUCUUCAGUGACGCUUCAGGUGUUGUACCGGCUGAAGACCUCCAAGGUGUUUGAGAAGCCCAAAAGCCGUGGCAGUCAGGAGGUGCAGGAUGAAGACCCCUUUGCCGUGGAGAAGGUGGCCUUCUGUGCAGACAGUCGUCUGCUGGCUGUGGCUGGCUCCAGCUUCUACGUCAUUGUGUUUGUGUUCAGGAAGCAGGAAGCCUCUGUAGAAGUGGAUGUUCUCGAGACACCGAUUCUCUACGAGGUUGAUGACGACGGUGACUGUUCCCCUGAGUGCGAGUAUCAACGUCAAUCUUCGCAGCAGGGUUCCUGCCCCAGUGCCUUGGAAGAGGGUUGUAGAAAGGCUGCUUCGGAGCACUACACCUCGUUGAACGUCAAGUCGGGCCCACAGAAGUGGGGCACAGGCUUCCAGCCAUCCUUGGUGUGCAUGCUACCAUGGGUGCGGGGGGAGACGCCUGGACACAUCACUUCUCUCAGCGUCAACUCUACGUACAAUCUACUAGCCUAUGGCAAUGAGUGUGGCCUGGUUAUUGUGGACCUUUGUACGAAGACCUGUGUAUUAAACCUUGGUACCCCCGAUUUGUAUGGUUCGUCUGACCCCUACCAAAGAAUUGCCCGAUCACCCAAACGGAAUGCAAUACUGCCUUCUUGUGACAACAACUCUGGUGAACAAGAGCAAUGUCGUUCUCCUACUGCCGACCAGAUUAACGGUCUUUGCAAUAGUGGCACGGUUGCAGCCCAGCCAACUCACUCUAAGCGGCAAGCAGACUCCCGCCGCAAUAAGUCACGCAAACUUCAGAAACUUCCCAACUUGGUUUCCACUGAGGAACCACCAUGUUUCAACACUUUACCAGGAAAUCCUCAAACACCUAGAAAUGAGCGGCAAGGUCUGAAGUCUCCCAGUGUCGCUUAUCAGCGAGAUGACAAGCUGGACAGCUCUUUCUCACGGUCGCGAAGCUCAAGCAUGUCAAGUUUAGAAAAUAUUAGUUCUGAAGCAAUCCUUUGUCUUAGCUUUGCCGAAGCCUUCUGUCGAAAAAGUGACACAUCAACAUGCCCUAGUCUUUGGGUUGGCACUCACCUUGGAUCUGUGCUCGCCGUUUCCCUUAGUGUGCCCACGGAAUCAAGGCACACGCAACCUGUCAUUGCCUCUCCAAGUGGGAGCAUAUUCCGGUUGAAAGGCCCGAUCCUGUCCAUCUCCUUUCUGGACAGCAGUGGUGUGCUGAUGCUUCCACUAAGUGAACAGUGGAAGGACAGACCAGACUCGCGGGAGCGGGACGAGCGGCGGUUGCGCAGUAUGCCUUCAAAAGGCGCCCGCAUCUCACCUACAACAUCCCAGUCGCUGGAGCCCCGGGACACCCAGUUUGUGGUAAUGGCCUCGGAGAAGCAGGCGCGCAUUGUUGCCCUGCCCUCCCAGACGUGCCUGUACAAGGCGACCCUCACAGAGACCUCCUUCGUUGUAUGUGCUGAGGUGCUCUCCAUCAAGAGCAUCGAUACUGCAUGUUUGGUGUGUUACAUUGCAAACGGCAACAUUGUUGUGUACAGCCUUCCUAGCCUUAAGCCACUUUACGAGACAGACUUCCUGCCACUUGUUGACAUGAGAAUUGCAAGGACCUUUUGCUUUAGCAAGAAUGGGCACGGAAUGUUCUUACGCUCCCCAUCAGAGUUACAGAAGUUCACCAUUUCUUCUGAUUUCUGUGCCAACCUGCAGGAAAUGCUUGGUACCAUAUUCUUAAACAAAGACAUGCCAGAAGCGCCGAAGCAAAGCUUUUUCAAAGGUCUUUUUGGAGGUGGACCAAGUGUACUGGACCGAGAGGAACUCUUUGGCGAGGCCAGUGGCAAGCCAUCAAAGACUGUUGCUCGCCACAUUCCUGGAAGUACUGGCAACAUGGAAGCUAUGAAGGCACAGGCAGGCACACUGGCUGGAGAAGUGAUGAAGGCUAGGCAGGGGCUGGUGGAACGUGGUGAGGCCCUCUCACAGCUUGAAGAGCGCACCGCUCGCAUGAUGACUGAGGCUGAGAGUUAUGCCAACACUACGCACCAGCUCAUGAACAAGUACAAGGAUAAAAAGUGGUACCAGUUUUAAAGGGGGGAAAAGGAGGAGGAGGUCUGCGAACCCCCUCCCUCUCACUCGCUCUCUCGGUGUGUGCCUCCACUCUGUGAUUUCACAACAGGGUGACAAACGCCAGCUUGAUUCGCUGACGCUUUCGACGCAUCUCUCAGAACGGGGAGAAUGCAUCACCCAAUGAUUCGGACGGUGAUAGCAGGAGCAGUCUGUGCACAGCCAAAUCAAUCUUGUCCUGUGCUCUCUUGAGGGGGCUUUGCUGGCUUGGACCCGCUUGCUGUUUUUACUGAAGUGGCUCAAAACAGUACUGAAUCGUAUAACAGCAGCAGGACAGAUAUAGUGCUAUAGAAAGGGAGUUACCUUCACUGCAUGCACUCUUUAUAUAUUGCAUACUCUCAAGUAUUGCCUCUGUCAUUGCCAACUGUUAAGAGUAAAAAAAGUAUUGGCUGGCUUGGCAGAGUGUGAGAAGCUGUAGUCAGGCUUUCUAAGCAAACUUUGUGAGUAGUGGAGGGAAUGCGCUAGAGGCUAAAGAGAAAUGAGCUGAAAUUCUGUGUGUAUGAUGCCAAUAGCAAUAGGCAGUCUUCGCCUGCUUUUUUACCGUCUGGAUGCAACUCACACUGACACGUGGUUGGCUGGGAAACUUUUCUGUGCAUGUGGGACACAAGUGCAUGACUUGAAGAUCUGCUCUCUUCAGAUUUCUCAGUCACUGAGCAAAUACCUCACAAAUAAGGCACUGUUUUUCAUUCCCUUUAGCAUCAGAUGUGAGUGCUCCCUUAUCUGCUGCUUCGUUACGAAAGGAAAGUUGGGAAAUGUAAAGUUGGGGAAAGAAAGCAGCGGGACAAAGUUUUCAGAAGCGCAUGUAGUUACUAAACAGCAAAUCAAAAAGUGUAUAUGCACUGUUUCUAUAGCGAGCGAGAUCAAAACUAUGCUUGUCACGAUUGUGUUGGCAACAUUUUCUAGCCUUGACGACUGCAAGUGGUCUUACACAGCCUACACAACAAACGCUUAUUGCUUUUCCUUCCUGGUGACUUGUGCAUGACUCUGCAAAAAGGCAUCGAGUCUCGUAUAGCUGUGGAAAAAGCAUUAGCUUUGGAAGCAAGAAGUGUAUGUCCAAGCAGGGCAUCACGGCAGCAGCUACCUUGAUAGCGAUCACCUUCUGUCGCAGCUGAGCUGUCAUGUAGAAACUGUUUUUUUAUGAAUGGCUCGACUAUAACUGGCUCUCGGUGGACGCUACAACGAAAGAAAAAAAAAAUGUCUUCGUAGCCCAUAUUGCUGAAACAUAUAAUAUCCCUCACUAUAAACUGCAAUCCGUUAUCAGACACUUCCCUUUAUAGUUUUUUAUGUAUUCAGUGUCUGGACUACCAUCCUGCACGGGAGUCCUUCAUCAGCUCAUUGACACUAAGCAACUGCUACGGCACAUUGCACACUUCUCAUCGGCUGAAGUAGGCAUAAGGAACACCUAUGCUGUUGCACGGUCUGUGCCAUCAUUGAUAAAGCUUGUUUAAGAGUAUACUUUGGAGAGUGGGAGUGUUGCAUGUGUCGUGCCUUUUCCAAGUGUUUCUUUCCACACCUUACAGUUGGCGUCUAGCACUGUUUUCUUGUGGGAGAUGCGUCGAAAGUUGGCGACUUCUGCGGUUUGCUACCCUGUAACGUACAUUCCUCAGUAGGAAGGUCGUAACUUGAUUCCACUGCUGUGUGUCCCGUUCCUUUACCUCUUUCUUGAAAAAAUUAAUUGCAAAGCAUUUGUUCAGGUCUUAUUUCUGCUUUUUUUAUUCUUCUAUCUUACCUAAGGGUUUUUUUCACGUGCCCAGAGCAAACGAAAAAAAAAAAAAGAAAAGCCGUAACGCGCACCACCAACCACCACACAGUCCCGCCAUGCAGCAGAAUCACCAGCACCACCACACCACCAACUGGAUGUGUACGAUGUGUAUAUAUGUAGCAUCAGAAAUGUUGACUGUUUAAGUGGUUCCACACACUUUUUCUGUAGUGUUUUGCUGUUUCCUGUAUUGUAUUUCUUGGGGAUCAGUGUUACGAUGAUGAAGUCAGUGAAGGCAAGGUGCAGGGGUCUAAAACACGACAUGCCUUUUCUUCUCCUUUCUUUGUUUUCUUUUCCAACUUGAUUUGAUCGCUUGUGUUAUUACUAAAAGUCUCCUGAGGUAUUUUUCUAGAAGAGGCUUUGAAACCCAUAUAUGCAAUUUGCCAAGACACGUAGAGGCGCUCUUCACAGUUUUUCUUUUUCUGUUCUCAUCUCCCGGUAGACUACAAAUGCUGCAGCUAUCUCUCUUUUGUUCUUUAGACCCUUGUCUUCACUGCGCAGAUUAUGAGCAAACAGUUCUUCCAUGGAAAGGUGUGAACUCUUUUCAACCAUUCUGCUCUUGAGUAGGCGUUUAGGGAUUUUUGGAAGGUAUAGGCACUCUCUCCAAGAAACGAUAGUGUGCAAUUUUCUGCUCUCGUGAGAGGGAUGCAACUUAAGGUGAAUAAUAUUGAAAAAAUGUGCAUCGAUGAUUCAAUCGUAUUAAGCGGUGGCAGUUUGUUUUCUGCACUUGUUUUUGUAGCGAGAUUAUGAAAAACUGUUUCUGUGAUCAGCGGCAUCAAGUACAAUUGUAAAUAAAGGAUAUGUACGAGUUGGCGCAAUGCCAUGCUUUGUCUGUUGCCGUUGUGUGUUAAGUAUGAGGUUGAUUCAAUUUUUUCUUGUUUUGUUUUACUACACACUUGAGUUUUCUUGUACCCGGUUGUCAUCCACUGGACAAUUAAAUGAAUAGAAAUGUUGCAA